ACAGUCUCCUAAUCGCCUCCUCGCUUAAAAUUCUCUUCUUGACCAAACAAGCAGAAACAGUUAAUUCAGCUAUGAAAGCAUACAGCACGAUAACAUCACUGUUCUCCAUGAAAUCAAGCACCACCAACACUAACAGCACGGCCAUGGAAGAAAGAGAUAGCUGUUACUUCCCUGGUUGCAGAAAAGGUGCCAAUUGCAACUGUGAUAUUUGCUUAGUUAGCAUCAAUGCUACCCUUGACCUCAUGCCAGUCAGCAUUCAAAAGUCCUCUCUCGCCAAGCUUUCUUCUUCACGCGCCAACAUGGAAUGCUCUCCCCUUUCUUUUGAUACUUCAGUUAUCUCUACACCGAGAUCAAGUUCUUGUCCUAAAAUGGACUCUCCAACACUCAAAUCAACAGCAAGAUUGACUCUGAAUCAAAAGAAAGAAAAGAAGAAAGAACCGCGGCCUUUUGGUUUUUGGGGUGUUUUUUUUAGCCUGGUUUGGGGAUUAAGCUUGCUUUAUGGUGUGGAAAAUGGGUUUUCUUGGGGGGUUUGUAGGGUUGUAAGGCCUGCGUUUUCAUCUGAUAUGAUUAGAAGUAUUGGUGAGAGAUCUUGGGUUGUACAAGAUUCGAAUCGGAGGCUAAGGUUUUUGCAGAGUGAAUUGAAAGAUUUUGUUGCCGAUGGGAAGGUUUCAAAUUGCAGCUUUAUGAAUUCAAUAUGGGAAAUCAACAAGGAUGGGCUGCUUUUGAAUUCACGGUGCGUCUUGUACAAGUCAGCAGUGGAAGAGGUGAGCAUAUGGGGCUGGCCUUUGCAAACUGGAGGAUUGCUCAAAACAGAAUUUUUUUCACGAUCAUUUACAGUGUUGUCAGGCAGAGUUACAGAGUGGUCUGACGGGAAGAUUGGCUACUCAAUUCGAAAAGCCAACACUUCUUGGGUUCACAGGAAUUGGGCUGCCUCUGUUGUCCAAUUAGAUCCCAAUACAUGGAUUCUGGAGUAUGAGAGUAGGUUGAUGUUGGAUAACUCAAUGCUGUUUUCAGCAGUAGCAGGGGUCUUCAAAUACAGAAUGUCACGAGCUCUGAAAAGCAUGAAUCCAGGAUUCUGGUUGUUCUCUGAUUUUGAGCGCCAAUACAGUGUCUCUACAGUAAAAGACCGUGUCAAGAUCAUCCCAACUUAGAGAGAAUAUAUUGAUAGAAGACGCGGUGCCUUAAUUCCUCCAGCACAGUUCCAGUUCUCAUUGCUUGUGAGAAGAAAGACAAAAACCUAAGGGUAUCAAGGACCAUUUCCCUUCAUUUCAAGUUCCUUGUCAUGUUUUUGCUUGAAUCUUAAUUUCAUUUUCUAAGUGCGUAGUGAUGUUUGGAUAUUCUAAGAUGACAAGAAUUUCAAUUUCUAAUAUUCUAAAUUGGAAUUGUACACGCUGAACUGAUACUACAUGACCAGUGUUUCUAA